AUGAACGGACCAAACUACGACCCGACAGGCGUCGAGUUCUACUCGAUCGACGACCUCUCGUUCUCGAGCGGCACGACCCUGCACGACGUGCGCGUGGCCUAUCGCAGCUACAACCCAUCUUCCACCGCGGGCGUGGUGCUGAUCCCGACAUGCUACUCGGGCCUGAUCAACACGACACUGACAUUCACAUCUGCGCCCUAUGACGCAUUGGCAAAGUACCACGUCGUCGUGGUGGCGAUGCUGGGGAACGGCGAGAGCGCGAGUCCCUCGAACAAGAAAUUUUUCCCCGAGGUCGGCGAGUUGAGGUACGAGGACGUGAUUCGCGCGCAGCACUCCCUCGUCACGGAACACCUCAAGGCGAGGGAGCUGGAGGCGGUGGUGGGGUUCUCGAUGGGAGGCCAGCAGGCGUACCACUGGGCGGUCAUGUAUCCGGAAAUUGUGAAGAGGAUCGUGGUGAUAUGUUCGGCGGCGAGGACGAGCUUGCACAAUUAUGCGUUUCUUGAGGGUCCCAUCGCCGCGCUGACCAGUUCGAUUGACUAUGUCGCGUGGAAGGCCAUGAAGGAGAAGAUCGCCCGCGGGGAGAAUGUCGGUAUCAACCUGAAGGAGGUCGUGCCCAAGCGCGGGUUGAGGGCCUUUGCUCGCGCCUACGGCGCCUGGUUGACCAGCACGGCGUGGUUCCGCGAGCGCCGCUUCACGCAAAUGGAAGGGCACCCGGGGAGUGUGGAGGAGUGGAUGCGUAUGCGCGAAGACGGAUAUCUUGCCUGGGACGCGGAGGAUCUGUUGGUUCUUGCCCGCAUGUGGCAGAUGGGCGAUGUCGGGACCGUCAUUCCAGGAGAAGGGGAGAAAACGAUGAGUGAAUUAGGCGGCAAGGUCCCCGAUGAUGAACUCUACGCCAAAGCUCUCGCGAGUAUCAAGGCCAAGGUCCUCCUCAUGCCCUGCAGGACGGAUCAGUACUUCCCACCCGAGGACUCGGAGAUUGAGAUGAAGCACCUCAAACACGGCAGGUUGGCUGUCAUUGAGAGUAUUUGGGGCCAUGUUGCUGGUGGGGGGUUGAAUCCUGAGGAUACCGAGUUUAUGAAUAAGAAGAUUGCCGAGUUGAUGGAGGAAGAGUGA